AUGCCGUCUCUCCUGGUCGUCAUUUUCCUCGUGGAAGUGGUUGUCCAUGUUAUCAACCUCGUGGGCGCUACUGUCCUCAACGAUCUGAUUUGGACAGCCAUCAACUACCUCCCCGUCCCGACCGCCAAGGCUGCCGCUGAACAGCGCAAGACACAGGCUGAGUACCUCAAGGUCCGCCGCGAGCUCAACGCCACCAGCAGCCAGGACGAGUUUGCGAAAUGGGCCAAGAUUCGUCGCCAGCAUGACAAGCUGCUAGAUAAGCUUGAGAAUCAGAAGAAAGGCUUGGAAGCCUCGCGUGCUGGCUUCGACAAGUACCUCAGCGCCGUCCGAUUCCUCGUCACCCGAGCACCACAAUACGCCCUGCCCUUCUGGUACGCCAAGGAGCCCAUGCUCUGGCUGCCGCACGGCUGGUUCCCCUACUACGCGGAAUGGAUCAUAUCCUUCCCGCGAGGCCCCAUGGGCAGCGUCAGCAUCGCCUCGUGGCAGCUGGCCUGCACGACGGUCAUUGUGCUUGUUAGCGACAUGCUCCGCGGCGUCUUUCAGCUUUUGGUUUCCUCGAGGACGGCGGCGCCGCCCACAAAGACCAAGGAAACCCCCGUCAAGGCCGCCGGCGAAAAGGCGGACCAGGCGACCGCUACCGCGACGGGGAGCGAGAAGGAGACGAAGAAGAAGGCGUAA